AGGGCAGCGCGGCAGGAAAACAAAACUGCUGCUCACGGCGGUGUGCGGUGUGGCCUUGAGCGAGGCCAACCUGCGAAUCAGGGUUGGAGGAAGUGGAGGAAGGAAGGAAGGUUGCGGAUGGCCGCGGUGCUCGAGUCGUCGUUCCUGCGGCAGCGGCUGCGCCAGAUGGAGCUGCAGACGGGCGAGGCGGCGGCGUCCGGACGGCGGCGUCGGCUCGGACAGUGCGACUGCACCUCGUACUCGUACCUCGUGCUGGCCACGAUGCUCUUCUCGGUGGGCACCGUCAUCACGGUGCUGGCCGCCGGCGAGACGCACGACUACGUCUUCUACACGCUCGGACACAUGUGGCUGGUCGGGCCCAUCUUCGUCUGCUCGGGCCUCAUGGUCGCCGUCAAGACCGUCCUUUACCUCCGCAAAAAGUACCUCCUGCAGAUGCUGCUCAGGCAGCGCGCCCUCUGGAGGGAAUUGGUGCUGCAGGCGCGGCGCCACCACCAGCAGCAGCAGUACCUGGCGAGGAACGCGAGCAGCCUGACCCUGCCGCCGUCGUACGAGUCGAUCGUGGUGCAGGUGGCGCCGGACGAGCUGGGCGCGGCCAGCCUGCAGGCGGCCGAGGAGGCGCCGCCGCCCACCUACGAGGAGGCCAUGAUCCUCUUCGGCGACGAAACGCUCUUCAGGGUGUUGGUGCAGGAAAAGGACCUGCAAAGCCCCGCGCCAAUGGAGAAAUGACACAGACAGACACUCGCAUAAAAUUACAAUUAAACCCUUCGUAGCGCCGCUUUUCGAAUAAUACUCGAACCGAAAUAGUAUUCGCAUCAGCUAGUCCUUGCACAAAACAAAGGUGGAAAUUGUACGACUGAAAUUAAUUGUUGCCACCCAAUCUCUCCAUGAUAUUUUUGUACUGACAAAAUUGACCAUGUGAUAUAAUUAGACCGACGAUCAGAUCGAAUCUCUGCAAUCACUUAAUUAAUUCACAUUCACUCUAGACUCGUAAGAACAAUUUAUUAUUGUGCUGCAUUCCUUAAGAUGAAUUUAAGGGUCUUGCUUCGACCAAAGUUUUCUACUUGGCACUUUUUUUAUGAUUAAUCAAUACUCCUUAUGUACAUAUACUUGUGAUUUAUUCUUUUUUGGCACUUUGACAAUUAUUUUGUGUGAAUAGUUUGGCAGUUUUGAAUUUUAUAAUUUUGCUUUAGUGCUUCUACAAUCCAACCGAUUAAUUUUUGUAUCAAAUUAUACUCUUUCUCUAAUUGUGACGAUUCUUAUCACACGCAGAAAUGCCAAAGGCUGAGCAAUCCAUUGGAUUUUUUAUUUGUAUCGGACAAUAAAGAGGAAAAAUCUGAAACUCUGGCAUUGACACGUGUGACAACUGUGUGUGCAUUUAUUAAAUAUAUAUAUGUAAAGAGGAAAAGGCAUGCAAUGAAGUGAUUUCAAUGUUAUUUUGAUACGAGGUAGUUUUGCUCUACUAGUUGCAAAUCCAAUCAAGCUGAUAGAAAUAAAAUAAUUACGUAAGAUUGUGUUAAGUGAAAAAUCAAAAUAAAAUCUAUUUUCUAUGCAUAUAUUAAUUAA